GAAACGUUGUGAACUUACCAAUCUUAGAAUGAGCUCGAUCACGCGUAACGAUCGCUCUCGGCCUCCGAAAUAGUCCAACCCAUUUAUACCAUAUCUAAUCCCGUUUGAUUGGCUUAUCUUCGUCUUCCAAAUCCCCAAAAAAAAAACAAACCAAAACAGAACUAUUCUUGCAGUUUUAUCCUAACAUUGAGUCUUGACCAUUUCCUCACUUUCUGCAGUUGAUAGUUGCUACACUGAAGAGAGAGAGAGAGAUAGAGAGAGAGAGAGAGAGAUUUCAAUGGCGUUUCCUGUUGUCGAUACCGAGUACCUUAAGGAGAUCGACAAAGCUCGUCGCGAACUUCGCGCUCUCAUCGCCUUCAAGAACUGCGCUCCAAUCAUGCUUCGCUUAGCGUGGCAUGACGCAGGCACGUACGAUGUCAGCACCAAGACCGGUGGACCAAAUGGCUCCAUAAGGCAUGAAGAAGAGUACACUCAUGGCUCCAAUAGCGGCUUGAAAAUCGCUAUUGAUUUUUGCGAGGAGGUGAAGGCUAAACAUCCUAAGAUCACACAUGCAGACCUAUACCAGCUUGCGGGUGUUGUUGCUGUUGAAGUCACCGGAGGUCCCUCUAUUAACUUUGUACCAGGAAGAAAGGAUUCAAACAUUUGUCCCAAGGAAGGUCGACUUCCAGAUGCUAAAAAAGGUGCACCUCAUCUGAGGGACAUCUUCUAUCGAAUGGGCCUAUCUGACAAGGAUAUUGUGGCAUUAUCUGGGGGUCACACUCUGGGAAGGGCUCAUCUAGAGAGAUCAGGUUUUGAUGGCCCUUGGACCAAUGAACCGCUGAAGUUCGACAACUCUUAUUUUGUGGAGCUGCUAAAAGGGGAAUCAGAAGGGUUAUUGAAACUUCCAACAGACAAGGCUUUGUUGGAUGAUCCUGUGUUCCGCCAGUAUGUACAGCUUUAUGCAAAGGAUGAGGAUGCAUUCUUCAUAGAUUAUGCAGAAUCUCAUAAGAAACUUUCAGAACUUGGGUUUACUCCUAGUUCUUCUCGCUCCAAGCUAAUUGUGAAGGACAGCACCAUAUUGGCACAGAGUGCUGUUGGGGUUGCUGUCGCAGCUGCUGUGGUGAUCCUAAGCUACUUUUAUGAGGUCCGCAAAAGAAUGAAGUGAAGCUAGAUUACAAGGUCUUUCUACAACAGAACAUCCAUUAUCAAUUAGCCGAACUUGGUCCGAUCAUCUGGCUAGCUAUGUAGUUCUUGUUUCUCUGACGUGAUAUCCCCUCCUACAUGCCAUAGUUAUUGCCAUCUAGACAUAUUGGUAAAAGAUGAAAAUACAUAAGUUGUUCCAUUUGAAGUAAAAUAACAAACACAUGGAUAAAUUCUCCAGAGCCACUUCAAUCGUGGCAUUUCUAUUACAAACCAUUCUCUUGUACUCUGGUAUGAUUAACUUGGCGGUUGCUCUUCA